AGAGAAAGAGAGAGAGAGAGAGAGCUUGGUGCACGUCAGGGAGAAGGAGCGGGAGCAAGCGGGAGAGGCGAGAGGGAGAGAGAUACGUAGGUGAUACACACACGCACGAUGGCCGUGCGCCGAGACGGCGAGGCCAGGCCGUGACAGCGACAGUGAGGGGGACGGCCGAGUCGCAGCCGCGGGGCGUAAAUACGUGUGCGCGGCACCGGGAUGCCCGGUUGAUCCCGGUGGGACACGCGCGAUCGUACGCGGACACGAGGGAUCGACGGAACAUCGCUGUGGUGACGCUGACGACGACGACGACGACGACGACGACGACCGACGACGAAAACGAAGACGGCGCCGGCGGGCGGGUUUUCACGUUCGAAUCGAUAAUUCGAGCGCGAUCGUGGGCAGCGUGGCGGACGAGACUCCCUCAAACAAGGAUUUCGGACGAGUCUCGCGGGCCCACCCUCGCCCGCUCAUCUUCUUCCUCCACCUUCGCCUCCUCUUUCCGUGGGAUACGAGUUACGUGACGAAGUGAUAAGGGAGCUCGCGGCGGCAGCGGACGCAUCGUCGCUACCCUAGUUUUAAUAUCAGUGUCGCGCUACCUAUAUCCGGUGGUACACCCUCGGGUCUUCCGGCUGGAGUACGGUGCUCGCGGCACAUAACAGCAGACGGCGACGAUGCACGGCGAUAAAGGGUUGCAGACAAUGAGAUGCAGGUCGCGUAAUCUGCAGGCGCGUCGCAGGAGGUGGCCUUUACGAUUGGGCCUCUUCCUGAUUUACGUCCUCAUGCAGUAUGUCUCCUCCACGAAAGUUCCUUCUUCGACCGAGACGACAGUAAUGCCGUCAUCGAGUUCUGCGAAAUGGACAUCGGAGUCACCGGUAUCUCCGAUCAUCUCCACCGAGGAGGAAGAACCGAUAGAGGAAGACUCGACGGUCGCCGGGGAGGAAUCGAGGAAGACAGGCCAUACGGAGGGAUCCAAAACCGAAACGUCAAAGGGUCAUGGACGCGCGAAAACCGAGACGGGCGUGAGAGAUCUAUCUAAGGAAACCAAAAUCAAGGAAAAGGAAACCGAGACACUACCACCAAAACAUGGUCAAAAUAGCACCACCACGGUUACUCCAACCACCCAAUUGACUACGAGAUACCCGUACCCCACGGUAAGACCGCGAAGGAACAACUGUUCGGCGCCCGCCAUAGAGCAGUUUCCUCGGCCGUUGAUGGGCCCCGAAGCCAGGAAACACGGCGGGCUCAUAAUACACAUUCUGGCUGCUAUCUACACGUUCCUAGGCCUCGCAAUCGUCUGCGACGAUUACUUCGUUUCGAGCUUGGAUUUAUCCUUAUCAGAACUAAGACUGUCUCCCGAUGUCGUUUUGGCGGCAGGCUCUUCUGCGCCCGAACUGGCGACAGUCAUCAUCGGCGUGUUCUUCGCCAAGGACGACAUCGGAGUCAGUGGCGUUAUCGGCAGCGCUGUCUUCAAUAUAAUGUUCGUUAUAUCGAUCUGCGGCCUAUGCUCCGCGACGGCCGCAAAGUUGAAUUGGUGGCCUCUCUGUCGAGACUGUUUUUUCUACGCCAUUUCGAUCCUCGUGAUGCUCGGUACGAUUUACAACGAGUCUAUAUCUUGGAUGGAAUCCCUCUUCAUGUUAAUCAUGUACGCAGUUUAUUGCGUGGCGCUCUCGUUCAAUGUUAAAUUGGAACGUUGGGCGAAAUCGUACAAUAUUCCGUUCCUGCCGAAGGACGAUGAACCCGCUGAGGAAAGCGCUCUAGUGAGCUACAGAUCCUUACAGGAGGAUCGAUUAUCCUACACUGGUCCUAACUCGCCGGUCACCGAACAAAUGAAGAAUCAAGAAGGAAAUGGCAUUCAAGAAACGAUUGAGCAACAGCAGCAACAACAGCAACAACAGCAGCAGCAGCAACAGCACCCGCCGGCACCGAGGCAGCCUGAGUAUUACAAAGCAAAAGAGCCUGAUCCUAACGAAGUAUCGCCCCUCGUGAUGCCGACGGACGGUAGCAAGUGGACCUUGUUCACUUGGGGCCUCGUGUAUCCCAUCCACUUCAUGUGCCGGGCGACAAUGCCAGAUUGCCGGCAAGAAAAGUGGCGGAGCUGGUAUCCCUUCACGUUUUGUAUAUCGAUGAUCUGGAUCAGUUUCUAUAGCUACAUAAUGGUGUGGAUGAUCACGAUUAUAGGCAGUACUCUGGGCAUUCCUGACACCGUGAUGGGGUUGACUUUCGUUGCCGCUGGUGUGAGUGUGCCGGAUGCCCUUUCCUCAUUGGCGGUCAUUAAAGAGGGUCUUGGUGACAUGGCGGUUAGUAACGCCGUAGGUAGCAAUGUUUUCGACAUCCUGGUAUGCCUCGGUCUUCCGUGGUUCAUACAGACCGCUAUGAUACAGCCCGGCUCGCACGUUAAUGUUACCAGCAGAGGUUUGACAUAUUCCACCCUUUCUCUACUGUCGACGGUGUUAUUCCUGGUGCUGGCAACGCACUUCAAUGGCUGGAAGUUGGACCGACGAUACGGCGUGGUUCUGAUGGUCUGGUACUUAAUAUUUAUCGUGUUCGCGUCGCUCUACGAGCUCAACGUCUUCGGCGAGAUGAAUCCGCCAGUAUGCGCUAGCAAGUUCUAAUGCAAAGACGCCUCGUUCGUUUCCGACCUUUGCUUUGCUCAAACGUGGAAUGAUCGUCCGGAGCAAAAAUCGUUCCGGCCGAUUGGUCCGCGAACGAUGACGCACGCACGGUCGUAGAUCAUCGUAAACGCUCAGCGACCUCGUUCGAACGUCCCUUUCCCCUUCUUCCUACUUGAUAACGAAGACAGCGAGAGACAGAUAAGCUUAGAAGGUAGCUGCAUGUCGAAAAGAAGCACUUUUAGCUUGCUGCGAAAUUGUUGAAGCGACCGUUCGAGAUUUUAGAUAAGAGCAAACGGCUUAUGUCGUUGAGCUUUUUUUUCUUUUUAGGCUGUUGUAGAGAAUCUAGACAAUAUGUGCUCGCGCGUGAGUACACAGGCAUUGUAUUCCAUUGGUGCUAUUGAAAGCGACAAAAAAAAGUAUUUUGCUUGCUUCCGUUCGACUAACGAGUCCCGAUUUCUUACAAUUGACUGAAAGUAAAUGGGAAACAUGAAUUUUUCCAAGCAACUAAGUUUUCGGACAGGCAAUACGGCUAUUAAGUUGUAAUUAUUAUUAGAUGACGUAUUGACAGUAUCGGCAGUUGUUUGCUAAAAUCAGAAAAUCGGCAUUAAAUCGACCGUCGCAAAGUUCCAAACUUCUCCAAUCUUAACUCUUAGCCACAGACCUCAUUGUACGUCGCGCGAGACUUGUCCGAAUUGAUAUAGAAAAGAAAAUGUGAUACGUUUUAUAUCAUCCAUAUCGCGCAAAUGCCUGAGUACCAUGGAAGGGAAAUGCGUCUUGACAAUUAAUCGUUUUAUAUCCUAAAUAUUAGAAAGAAUCCAAUAGAAGUACGGCUUGUUAGAAUAGAUCUUAGAAGCGUCAUAUCUGCGGCUAAAUGUUAAGACUGUUAACGGUACUGUGCGAAUUGUCGAAAGUCGAUAUCAUUGUGGAAUUGUUACGAACAUGAAAUAAUCGACAAAAGCGGGCGAGAGACUCUCUCUGUGACUGUCGUCGCAACGUUAAGCGCGAUCCUUAUCCUAUUAUCCGACGUGAUUUCGGAAUAUAACACCUACUCGUAUAUUUUUAAAAUAUAUUUUCUAUCACGGAGCGCGACGUACUGCGUAAAAUAUGAGAUAAGAGAAAAUAUCUUCGCGCGUUUUUCAAGAUGCGAGAGAUUGGGAUAUAUCUGUAUAUCGAUGUAUACAGGUUGUAGGCUAAUAUUAUAUUUUGUCAUAUGACACAUGUGUCAAAUUUUGGUUGAUUGUCUAUAGAAUAGAGAGAUCUGAGAAUCUCUCUAUCCUGUAGCCAAUUAACACGCUUGAAAUAGUCGUACGACAAAAAAAGGAACAAAUGUAAUAUUAGCUGUACAAGUCAGUUAUGGUUUAAUUCUUGUUUAAUUGAAAUGUGCUUUUGUCGCCAUUCAAGUGAUCGGAAGAAACGAGACUUCGCGAGAUCAAAGGAGAUCCCGCGUUAGCGCGAGUGUAAACGUAAAAUCACUUUUUUCCAAAAAAAGAAGCAAACAAAAAAGAAAGAGGAAGAUAAUGUUUUGAAGCGCAACGCGAAUAAAUCGAGCGUAUUAUUCCCAAGUGACCGAGACUUAAUUCGAAUUCUUUGACAUCGACGAUAUGCGGAAACUUCGCGAGAACGAUGGAGCAAGCGAAAUUUUAUUCGUGACCAAAAGAGACGGAGGAAGAAAGGGGGAGGGUGCGAGAGAAUUGGUUCUCCACGAGGGCGAAUGAGCGCUGAAAGUGACAAUAAUUAACGCAGCCUUAUCCGAUGAAAGUAUCUACAACCAGCACUAUUAUACUGCGCGUUCCUUGAGACUGAUUCGCGAAGGGGUCACUUGUAAAUGGGUGGACGGGCACAAGAGAAACAUCCACCUACAGUGUAAUCAGCGUACCUCCGCUUCCGGGAUCCUUUGAUCUUUCGAGCGCGACGGAAUUCGACGAUAUCGAUGACGAGCUGCGGAAUCGCGUGACGGAAUUCCCGCAGGAGUCGCAAGAGACGGGCGUCGAAAUUAAGAAAAAAAUUGACUCCUUUCGCAUUCCUUGUAUUCUAAAUUCGUUGUGAUUGGCCGGAAACCAAUAAAAAAUCACAAUAAUAUAAAUUAAAAUUUCAACAACGUUAAAUAUACGAAGGCAAUUUGAUAAAUCAGUGAUUUCAUUUUUACUUUUUUUUAUCAAAAUUCGAUUUCUUUUUUUAAUAUAGUCUCCUUUUAAAAAGUCACUGAAUUAUCGGACUGCCCACGCGCGCGUACGGUGGAGAUAUUAAAGAUAAAAAUAUUGCCUAAAAGAUAUUCGAAUUCAAAUUGCAUUCAAAUUACUUGACGAAUAACUUGGGUUAAUACGAAUGGAUAGUUAAUGUUUCUAAAAAAGAAAAUUAUUUCAUAUAUAUUUGCCUAGUACACAAUUAUCGGUACAAUAUUGACCCAGUAUUGGUCCAAUAUAUCCCCAACAUUUAACGAAUGUAUCCAAUAAAUUGUUACUAGAAUUAUAUUUAAGAAUCCUGCGAGCAUUCUGUCGAUACAGCUCGUUGGGCUGCACCUUUAAUAAAUCGGCUGUUUCCUUAAUCAGAUGAUCGCGAGUACGCAAGGAUCGCGCAGACGCUUUAGUGUAAUUAUAUAAAUUUAGCGUACGUAUAAUAUAUAUAUAUAUAUAAUAUAACGCGAAG